AUGACAAGCACACUUUCCACCCCAGCUGCGACUGUUUCGCUCUCCGACGAUGUUCAGCAUUUGCGUUUAAAUAGUGAAGCGUCGGGUAGUAAUUCUUCUGAAUUUUCACGAGCAAUCUUUAAUGGAUAUAAUGAUACAACAGAGGAGAAGCAAGAAGAGACUUACACUGAGCUUGAUCUAGAUGGAAGAGGCCUUAAGCGGUUUGUCCUUCCCAAAGAUUACAAAUUCGCCGACGUGUUACCCUCCUAUCCUAAAUCGCACGACCAAACUUUGAGGGAUAUAGAAUUCAAGGACAAAGGACUGUUGGCUAACCCUAGCUUUACUAAUUUACUUCGUGAUGUUUCCAAGGUAGAGCAUCUUUCUCGUGACCUUGGCACAGUUCUACAUGGAAUUCGACUCAAUCAACUGGAUGAAGAACAAAAGAAUGAACUCGCAAGGCUCAUUGCAGAACGAGGUGUUGUAUAUUUUCCAGACCAGAGGGAGAUGACCAAUGAUCAAUUUCAGCAACUUGGUCGUUAUUAUGGCGUAACGCACGUACAUGGCGCAAAUGCUCGUCCUAAUGAUCCUGCCAAGUCUGACUUUCAUGUGGUUUACUCGGAUCGAUACUCUGCUUUUGACAUUGAAGACAACCGUACGAGUUUAGAGAGAUUUCAUUCGGACGUGAGUUACGAAAAACAGCCACUUGCCACAACAUUCUUUCGGGGAUUAACCGUUCCUAAAUAUGGAGGGGAUACUAUUUUUGUUUCUGGAUACGCAGCUUAUGAAGCUCUUUCCGACCCAUUGAAGCGUUAUUUGGAAGGACUCACAGCAGUUCAUUCAGGUGUACAACAAGCAGAUGCAAAGAAAGAGCUUGGCUUAAACUUGCGAAGAGAAGGUAUUGAGACUGCCCAUCCUGUUGUGCGCACACACCCAGUGACCGGAUGGAAAGCACUAUAUGUUAACCCUGGUUUUACAAGAUACAUUGUCGGAAUUCCACGUGCGGAAUCAGAUGCUGUUCUUGGUUAUUUGUUUCAACUUCUCUCAACCCUUUCGGCAAGUACCCUCCGUGUACGGUGGUCUCCAUAUGGUGUUGCAGCUUGGGAUAACAGAAUCAUUAUUGCUCAUUCAGCUACUUACGAUCAUUAUCCUCAGACGCGUCACUUUGUAAGAAUCGGCGUUCAUGGCGAAAAACCUUUUUACGAUCCAAACUCCAAAGAACGGGCCAAGGACUUACGGAAAUGA